AUCUCAAGCGGCAGUUUUAUAUUUACCCUAAAUCCAAAGCGGCGUUUUCCCCUUCCGAGCACACACAGUCAUGGACGGCGGCCUUGUGUCUCCACUUUUGCAAAUCCACCGGCCAAAGUCAAUCAGAAGCCAAGGUAUUGAAUCAGAUAUUGUUGAAUCAGAUAUUGUUGAAUCAAAGGUUGUUGAAUCGGAGGUUGUUGAACUUAUUGGUAGCGAGUCUGAUGAUGAGUCGGAGGCUGAAGAUGAGUCGGAGGUUGAUGAGUCGGAUUCUGAUGAGUGGGAUUCUGAUGACUGGGAUUCUGAUGAGUUGGAUUCUGAUGAGUCGAAUUCUGAAAAACUUAUUGGUCGUGAAUGUCAGUUUUGUUUAAAGGUGGGUGAUCACUUUUCGCAAACAUGCUCUUACAGGUAUCAUGUCCCAAAGAAUGCAAUUGUUGGCAAGAGGUGUGUGGUAGUUUGUAAUUUGUGUGGUUGCCUCUUUAGAGACUUAUGUUGUGGCGUUUGUGGCCAAAGCGAUGGAUGUGCAAUUCUUAUGAAUUGUUUACAUUGUCGGAAGAUAGGUGAACACUUGAUUUUUACAUGUCCGAGCCGCGAGGGGAAAUCUUAUUUGGACCCUUAUACUGGUUCUGUUGUUUCCAUUUAAAUGGUAGAGAAUGGAGAGUUAAUGGUACUCUAAAAGUUAAAGCAAAGAUUAAAUGUUAAUUUCAAUUUCAACAAAUUUUUAGAAUUUUUAUUUUAAAUGUUUUUAAAUAAUUGUAAUCUUCGUAGACUUGUAGAGUAACUCACUUUAUGAGUAGAUCUCCUGCAAUAUUUAAUUUGACUCCUACAUGUGGCCCUGUAUCCCUAUGUUGUAUGAGAUUGACUGCAUACAAUAAAUCACCCAAGUUUUAAUU